AUGCCUUCCUUUGCUUCUGCCUUUCGCCAUCGAAGCAAUUCUGCUCCGCCGCUGAGCCAGUUCGGUCCUCAUGCAGUCGCUGACCCUAUGCCAGACCGAGAGGAGCGUCCCGAGAGGACUGGUCGCCGACGACCCUUCUCGUCACUGAUGAAAAAGCUGAAGAGCAUGAAGCCCGGUGAUGCUGUUCGACAUGCCAGCUCCAAGAAGAACAAUUCCAAGAAGCAAGCCGACAACAACCCAUAUUCAGCCGUUGGCCGCUCCAACUCCGACCACGUUCAAAUCGCCCUGACCCCGCCGCCGACCAGCCAUUAUUCGGUAUCCUCGACAAGAAGCGCAAGAACAUCGAGCACAACAUCCGUAGACCCUUCAGAUGACUCUGUCAGGUUGUCAACCGAUGGCCACCCGCCUCCCACCAUGGGCGGUCGAUCGACUAUAGCUCCGACGGUCGUCACCGAUCACGAGACCUCGUGUUCCAUGGCCGCGCCGUCCUACGGGGCCUCCUCGGUCACUGGCACAACGCGUACCGCAAAUAUCGACUCCCGUCGGGGCAAUGAUAGCACCUUUUCGUCCCCCGCGCCGUCUGUCCGCUCCUUGACUACAACCCUGACGACAAUACAAUCUUUUGUGCCCAAUGGUGCCGCUGCCACGCACAACAACAGCAAUCCGAACAGCACCAAUAUGUCCAACAGCCCUAAUCACCACCAUCACAACCAUCACUCUCAUCACUCCACCUCACAAAUAAUCCACUUCAACCAACCUUUCCCGACGACUGCCACUCCGGUUUCCGCCAUACCAGCCCAUCUUGUACCCUCCGGUCAGGGUGGGAACUCGCCUUUCUACCCGACUACCUACCAUACCGCCACGGCGAACAACCUGCUUACGGAUAACGCCUCCAUCCUGACCCUCGCAUCCUCCUCCAAGCGCCGCCGCCGGCGCUCCUUCGAUACUGACGCCUCGGUUCGUGCUCUCGCGCCCUCUUCUCUCUUUGGAGGCAGUCGGGAGUCUCUUCCUCUCAGCGUCCUCAGUUCCAACAUGGAAGGCGGCACAAUUGGCGGCAUGAGCGGCGCCACCACGCCUGGCGGUCUCUAUCGCGGACCGAACGCCUUGACCAACGACCGCACAAGCAUCUACUCUUCUACUACAGGGAUCCUAGCCAGCGACAGGAACAGCUUUUAUUCGAAGCAGGCCAUCGGCGGCACCGGUGUCGGAGGAGAUGCGGCUAGUGUGAGGAGUGGGUUGUUGGGGCAUGGAAGGGCUGAGAGUAUCAAUGGAAGUAUCGGCGGAGGGUUAACUCCUGCGCCUAUGAACGGAGUUGCGUCGGCGGGCAGCUUGGUUGGGCUCACGGCUGCGACAUCACCCAAUACAUUGGCUAGUCCGAGGGAUAGGGACAGAGAGAGGAGGAUCAGUGGUGGGGUUGGUAAUGUUGAUGAGGAUGUUGAAGGGGAGGAGCGGGCAUGA